AAACAAGCUUCAAUAAACAGACGACGAAGAGUAGUUGUGAUGAAUCUCUUAAAUUAAUUUAGCCGACAAAUCUUCUCACGCACGACGCGACGUUUCUCGGUGUGAUCUGUGAGAUUUUAUUUCCGACUGUAUCCUGAAGGCAGCACGUCUCCGCCGCUCAUCUCCUCCCUCUGCGCUAACAGGGUUGGUUGGAUGCAGCCGCGCCGCGCUGACAUACUAACCCCAUAAAUGCGCUCUGAGCUCUGAAUAUACGACCCGACUGAGAAGAUGAUGUGGAGCGUCGGGAUCCUGCUGGCCAUUGCUCUCAGUGUGGAGUCCUAUACUGUCCAUGACAUCCACGAGCGCUUGUCCCACGGCCGGCAGCUGAAGAUCUUCCUGGCGAAGAGUGCGGAGAAGCUGGAGUUCACCCCAGCUGAUGAUCCUAGCAAGACCUAUUUGUACUGGGAGAAGAGCAGAACCAGGCUGAUCAAAGGCAGGGUGUCGGGUUCAGGCAGCGACCGACGCUGGUACAUUGACAAGGUGACCUAUGAGGACCAGGGGACGUACACCCAGAAAGGCUACUGGAAUAAAGAAAUCUCUGCCGUCAAAGUCGCCGUCACAACCAGACACAACUUUAACAAGUGUGUCGCAGGAGAUAGUCUUUACAUCCAGCUGGAGGGCCUUGACCUGAGCGACACUACCCUCUUCUUCUCUGGGGAGGCUGGCAAUUUUACACUGGUGCACCAUGGUGCUCGGAUGUCCCAGGACCUGCCCAAUUAUUGGGACCGGGUUCUUACCCAGUCCAUGAAAAUCGAGAUCAGGAAUGUGAACUCCAGCGAUAUGGGACAUUACACCCUAAAAGACCGGAGAGACCGGGUGGUGUCUGUCACCAGGAUGGACCUGACAGAACAUCGUGAGGACUCUGAUGGAAACCCUUUCUUGGCUCUGCUCUUGCUGCUGGGCAUCCCUGUUGGGAUUUGCUGCUGCUGUCGGAAGAAGAUUUUCAAGAAGAAAGCCGCCGCCAGUGCAACGUUCCAGUCCUCCCCAGAUAUAGUCCAUGCUCCUCCCAGUGGUCCUUACGGACCGGCACCUCCUUUCAAUGAUCCAGGAGCGGUGUACUACAACGGCCCAGAUCCUAACAUGGGUCCCUCAUUCCAUCCUCCCCCUGCAACUGGCGGCCCAGGACAGUGGACUGGCCCCCAGCCCUCCCCGGGUUAUAACCCAUCCUACACACCCCAGAACCCAGCCUACACACCCCAGAACCCAGCCUACACACCCCAGAACCCAGGCUACACCCCCCAGAACCCAGCCUACACACCCCAGAACCCAGCCUACACACCCCAGAACCCAGCCUACACACCCCAGAACCCAGCCUACCCUCCUGGCGGUCCGGCUGCCAUGCCCUCCGCCCAGCCUCCACAAUGGAAUGGUCCACCGGCAGGCUACUACCCCUCCGGGCCUGCAGCUCCAAUGGGCUAUGGUACAGCUCCAGUCAUGUACAGCGCGGCCCCACCAGGAGCUGCCAGUGAACCUGCUCUCGAGGUUAAGAUGGGGAGUAUGGUUCCCUCACCUGCCGACCCACUGCUGACUACCACACAACAGGCUGAAGCUGCGUCCCCUCCUGGGCCCCCCCCCUCCACCAACGUUCUCCACUCCUCUAAUGAUGCCUAUGAGUUCAAGAUCGACGGAGGCAACACCACCAAUUUCUUAUAGGGACGCUGACCCCACCCCCCACCCCUCAGACCAACCCUUACCGUGAUGCUCCCGGGCCCAUCUGGGUGCAGGUGGACUCAAUGGACAGCAUUUGGACAGAUUCCAGCAUUUUUUGUCUCCUCUUCUCUUGAUCACUAUUUAAUCCUCUAACUGACUCGAGAUCAAGGAUUAUUAUUUCUUAGCCAACUGAGUUUUGGCAACACAUUUCCAGAGUUGUAGAUCAAAUGUCCAGAGGUGAGGAGAGAAAGACGUCUUUAAAGUGUUAGCAUGUGAAAUGUAAUGUCAGCAUCUGGUGAGUCAACAGGCUCAGUUAACCAACAGAUUAAGAGACGCCAUCAUGGCACAAUGAUUGUCGUUUCUGUCGACAUUUUUCCACCGAUUCCAAUCUUCCUCUUUUUAUUUGAUUCAUCUGAUUAGCCAGGAAAGCCGAGCAGUCAAGAAAGAGUCUUGAGAUUUAUUUAAAAGUCUGAUUCAAGGAACAACAAAAUUAAACAAACAACAUAGCUCCUUAUCCAGCCCUGGUCUGGUCUCACCAGAAAUAACUUUUGACAGUUCUAAAUCAGAAGCCCUCUGAACACAAAGGACACGCAGCAGCACCUCAACACCAUGACUCGAGUUCCCCACAGUUCUUGGUCCAGGCUGUUUUGUUGCUGUACAUCUCAGGUUGUCUUAUUUUCCAAUGUAAUGUCUGGAGCAAUUUGAGUGUUGAAUUAGCCGGGCCAGGCGCUGCCAUCCAUCGGCCACCGGCUACAGUGAAGAGGGACUUUGGUUCUCAUAUAAACCUGGUGGUCAUGGAAGGAUCCAUAUGCAACCUGCCGAUCUCCCCUCCUAUCCCCUCCCCACGUGCAUGACAUCGUUAUUAGACUUAGCCUGCAGCACCAGGUCUGCUGUCCAGCGGCCUUUUGACUCCCAGAUGAAACGUGACCUGGAACCAUGACGACUUAUUUUUUGCAGAUAGAUAAUACAGAGCCCAUCUCCAUGGGGAGGCUGUGCUUUAAUGGUAUAUUUUCCCAACUGACAAAUAGUAAUUGUGGGGCUUUUGAGGCCCCUUUAGGUUCAGGGCCCAGGGGCCAACGACCUGUAUCGCCAUGCCCUGCAUUUGGAGUCUGAUUUGGCCCGACAGCCGGGUACACCCGGGUAUCAGCCGAACGCUUAACUCACGACACCAGAGAAUACUCUUAUGAGAAGAGCACGAUACAACAGCUACCUCAUUUUUGAAUGAUAUGCCUUUACUUAGGUCAACACUCUUGAGUUUGCGUCGGUCAUCAAUAAGAAUUUAUGUGUCAGUCAAACAGAAAUCAAAGCAAACCCUUUGAAUCCACCGGAGGUAAUAAUUACAUCCGACGCCAUCCUGUGCUAAAAUGCCAACAACUAAACCGUGAGAACGCCACCAGGAGAAACAGUUUGACUGCAUUUCACGGUGGCCUCCGGCACCUCUACAGCAAAAAGAAAACAACAUAUCGCUCAUCCACGGCCAUUCAAUCACCAAACAGGAAAUGGCGGCGUUCACAUGGAACGAGCCUGUGGGUCAAAGCAGUGUCAGUUUUUACCGUUCCUUCUGACACAGACGUACAGACACACCAGAUUGUGGACUGGUUCCUGGGUCCCUCCUGAAAUCCACCACAGAGAAACCCUCCUCCCUCUAGAAUGUCCCCUAAAACCACUAACGGGCACUCGCUGCGCUGCAAGUAGCGCCACUAAUGUCUUUCCUUACAGUAAAGUAAUCUUUAUUCUUCUGCAUUUGACUAGAUUCACUUCUAAAUACUGGAAUUAGUUGAUGUCCCUCAUCUGGGCUGUUUGGAGUCGCGUAUUAAACUGGGACAAACGAUUUCUGAGCACGUCUGAUUUCAUGUGUUUAACCUGUGUGUCCUAUGUCUGAAGUUCGUGUAGCAAUGUUGAGAUAUAUUGUGAUUCAUAUGUUGAAAAUGUUAUUUUAUGUAUUUUGUUUUGUCUUUUGGAAAUGUAACCAAUGAUAUUCACUAAGUGUAUGUGUUGUUGGUGGUUAUGGAUUCUAAUGCAUUUGGAGGCCUUUUGUUGUACUUGGGUCCCUCCAGAGACUCCAUACCUCUCCUUUUAUACCUGAAAUGACACAGGAGACACUGUAUUUGGAUGUGUAACCAUUUUGUCAUACUGCGCAUGAAUAUUAAUUUUCUGGAGUUUCUUUCAUUUAAAACAAAAGAAUUCACCAUUAAAAUAUUUUUUGAGGAGAGAAAA